AGUAAGCAAGUAAAGUAUGGAUUUUGAUCUCUUGCUUUGCAUUUUGCUCUCUCUUGUCUAUCUUCUACUUGGCUACUCCUUUUUACUUAAACCUCAUGGCUUAAACCUCCCACCAACCCCACUCUUUUGCCUUCCAUUUAUAGGCCAUCUCCAUCUCCUCAAACAUCCUGUCCACAAAAUAUUUCAAAAUCUCUCCCAAAAGUAUGGCCAUGUCUUCUCUCUCAAAUUCGGCUCCCAUCUUGUUGUACUUGUAUCUUCUCCUUCCGCCGUCCAAGAAUGUUUUACAAAGAAUGAUAUCAUUCUUGCAAAUCGACCAUCUUUGAACCCUGGAAAGUACUUAGCAUACAACAAUACAUCCAUGGCGCUCUCCCCUUAUGGAGAACAUUGGCGAAACCUCCGUCGAAUUAGCACCCUCGAAAUUUUCUCGGCAACACGUUUUAAUUUGUUCUUGAAAAGUCGAGAAGAUGAAGUCAAACGUUUGCUAUAUAAAUUAUGUGGUAAUGAUACGUUGGAAGAUGAAUUUAGAGUAGUAGAAUUGGAGCCAAUGUUGUUGGAUCUUACGUUCAAUAUUGUAAUGAGAAUGGUGGGUGGGAAGAAGUUUUGUGAAGAGAAUAAUAAAAAUGUGUCGGAGGAUGAGGGAUAUUCGAAAAGAUUUAGAGAGUUGGUGACACAGAUUAUGGCACAUGGUGGAUCAACCAAUCCAGGGGACUUCAUACCCUUAUGGAAUUGGAUUGAUCCAACUGGUUACAAUAAAAGAUUAAUGAAGCUUGGAAGAAGAUCGGAUGAAGUUCUUCAAGGAUUAAUUGAUGAAAUUCGGAAUCAAGAAGAUGAAGGAAUUAAUAUGAUUCAACAUUUACUUCGCUUGCAAAACACCGAUCCUGAAUAUUAUAGUGACCAAGUUAUCAAAGGUCUCGUACAAGAUAUAUUAUUAGGAGGGAUUGACACAUCUGCAGUGACCUUAGAAUGGGCACUAUCUCAUUUACUUAACAAUCCAAUCGUGUUAGAGAGGGCCAAAGCCGAGAUAGAUUGUUUUAUAGGACAAGAGCGUAUGGUGAAUGAAGCUGAUUUGUCGAGUUUAAGUUACCUACAAGGAAUAAUCUCCGAGACACUGCGGCUAAGUCCGCCUGGUCCUUUGCUUCCACACUAUGCAUCUAAAGACUGCACAAUAGGAGGUUAUGAUGUUCCACGUAAUACUAUGGUAUUGUUUAAUAUUUGGGCUAUACAUCGAGAUCCCAAUCUAUGGGAAGAUGCCACCAGUUUUAAGCCUGAAAGACAUGCAAAUGUGGCUGAAGUUGAGUACUCAUACAAACUAUUGCCAUUUGGUUUGGGUAGGAGAGCAUGUCCUGGCAUGGCUAUAGCGCAGCGCGUUAUUGGCUUGACUUUGGCAUCGUUGAUUCAGUGUUUUGAGUGGAAAAGGACGAGCAAGUCGUUGGUUGAUAUGAGCGAAGGUAAAGGGCUCACAAUGCCCAAAGCUAAGCCAUUAAUAGUCAAGUAUAGACCGUGCUUGAUCAUGAAAGCAAUUCUUAGCGAAACAACGGAUCAAAUUAUUUGAAAGUUUUGAAUUUUCAAUAGCAGCUAUAAAGAAUGUAACUUUUAAUUU